AUGUCCUCGAUACCCUUCAACAGGCUUCGACCUGAAGCUGAGCUCGCAGUGAAAGCUGUCCUCCAGGCUUGCAAUUUGACGAAAAGCGUUCAAAAGUCUUUCAAGCAGGAUGAGACCAUCAUCAAGAAGGACAAAUCUCCUGUGACCACCGCCGACCUCUCCGCGCAGGCUCUGAUAUCUCUUCAUUUGGUCUCAGCAUUCCCCUCGGAUCAAAUCAUAGGAGAAGAGGAUUUAUCCGAGCUCAGGAAGAACGCCGAGCUGCGUUCCAAAGUCGUGGGAUUGGUUAACGAGCAUGGCAAACCGGAUCAGUGGUCAGAACAAGAAAUUUUGGAUGCAAUUGACAAGGGAUCAGCCGAGGGAGGACCAUCCGGUCGCUUUUGGACAAUUGAUCCCGUCGAUGGAACCUCGGGAUUUAUCCGACACCAGCAAUAUGCCGUCUGCCUCGCGUUGAUCGUCGAUGGUCAGGUGGAGCUUGGUGUUAUUGGUUGCCCUAAUCUCGGUUCGAAGCCGGCCGCAAUGGGAGAAGAGAUUAUACCGAAUGGUGAUGGUGUUUUGAUGCUCGCUGCGAAAGGCGAAGGCAGCUGGGCGCGUUCACUUUCAGACGGUACAUAUGAAAGAAUUUCAUUACCUCCCUCCCCUCCUUCUUCCAAUCCCUUAACGUUCCUUGAGUCUGUCGAAGCCGGUCAUUCUGCACAUUCUAUUCAAGCUCGUAUCGGAGAACUAUUGGAAGUCAAACGACCAAGCUUGAGAAUGGACUCCCAGGCCAAAUACGCCUGCCUCAGUCGAGGAGAGGGAGGUGUAUACCUCAGAAUACCUACGAAAUACGUCGGCGGGAAAGACUACCAAGAGAAGAUCUGGGACCACGCUUCGGGAUCGCUUCUUAUCGCGGAAUCAGGUGGUAUCUGCACAGAUAUGCGAGGCAACCCGUUGAAUUUUUCCAAGGGCAGGACAUUAUCUGUCAACGAGGGGAUCGUAGCGGCAGGCAAGGCGACACACCCAAAAGCCAUCGCGGCUGUUGAAAAGGCAUUGUCGGAGAAUAAAUGA